AUGACAGACAAUGGAGAACGCCCGCUGGACCUUGUUGAGCCAACUGACUUCUCAACCAUCAAAGUGAUGUUGGAAGACGUGGCGGCCGUGUCGUCGCCGACUUCAGACAGCGAAGAGGAAGAGGAGGAGGAGGAAAAUCUGGAAGAUGGCGCCCGCCAGGAAGACGAAGAUGACGAGGAAGACGAAGAAGACGAAAAUAUCAAAGGCAAAGCGAGGAUUUUAGACGACGAGGACGUAAUGGGUGAUUUGGAGUAUAUAUCACCUGACGAAGACGAAGAGGAAGAUGUGAGAAGGCGCAGGCAGCGGCGUUCGGGCGCCGAGUCCUGUUCAGGUUCCGGUUCCGAUCGAGGUCCAAGAUAUCGAAGCGGCGGUGAGGAUCAGGAAGACUCGGAAGACGAGAGACAACGUCAACGCAGAUAUCAAAGAGAUAAUAAUCGAAGGGGAAGUCAAGACGAGGAUGAUUACUAUCGAAAUGAUUACGGUAGCGAAGACGAUCGAUAUACCAGUCACGAGCGUCAGCGUUUACGGGAUAACGACAGCGAUGUGAGUAACAUGCGCGAGAAUCGGCGAGACUUCGCACGCAGUGAUGAGGACGCAUCGGACGGUAGCACUGGUUUCCGACGGAGGCGUGACCCGCACUAUAUGGACAGUGGUUCUGAAGAUGAUAAAAUCGACAGACGCUUCGAUGAACGAAGGGAAAUGCCUCUGCGACACAGCGAUGGGCAAAGCCCAAGGUAUACGCCCGAGGACGAGAGGUUCGCCUUGGAUAGUGAUGGUAACAACAACAGCGGCAAACGAAUGUAUGAUUAUAGUUCUGAGGACGAACGUAGACGGCAUCGGCGAUCUCAUUACGAUUCCGAUGAAAGAGAACGUAACAGUCAAGAAGACAGGGCUGCAAGGUCUUCUUCGGGAGAACGGCUGCUGAGCGACGAGAAUAAUUCUGGGUCUAAAAAUAGAGAUUAA